AUGUUCGGGUUCUCUUGGGUCAUGUUCUUCAUAUCGACAUGGCACUUCGCCAUGAACGGAUAUCACGUAUUCUACGGCUUCGUCAACCAUGUUGGAGAUGAGGGUGGUGCGAUUGGGUAUAUAAACAACCUGAGGCGCUGGGACGAUGUCGUGACAAACACUCUAUAUGCAACGCAAGAGAUCUUGGGCGGCGCGGCAGCGAUAUAUAGGUGCUUUAUCCUGUGGAAUAAAGACUGGCGAGUAAUCGCGCUCCCGCUGAUGCUCCUGACCGCUAGCAUUGUCUCAGGAUAUACCGUCUGCGCUCUAUUCGCGCAAAUCGACCCGACGCUCUACGUUUUUGAAAGCCAUCUCCAGUCAUGGAUAAAGGCGUUCUACUCAAUCGCCGUCGUCCAAAACAUCAUCACCACCGGCCUUAUGGCAUUCCGCAUCUACCGAACAUCGUCAAAAUCAGCGAAAUACCGAACCGAAAGCGCCUUGAUACCAAUUUUGCGCAUACUCAUCGAAUCGGCGGCCCUGCAGCUUGUCGUAGAAAUCGUGCUGCUCGCGCUGUACUCCAGCAACAACAGCGCCCAACGUAUACCGCAGCUGCUGAUCGCACCGAUAGUGGGGAUUACAUUCAACGCGAUAAGCAUACGGAUUAAGCUUCGCGCGAUUGGCAACAGCCACAACUCGUCUUCUCAACCAGGAUCGCCCGUCGUUCAGACCAUUGGGAGUCUCCCUAUGAAGCGUAUCAAAAUUGAUAUCACUACCCAAGUGGAGGAUGAUGCAGAUGCAGAUUCAGCCGCGAAGGAGAGUCUGCAUGGGUCACCAGUUUAG